GGCUGAGUCGGCGUCCGCCGUGCUGGGAGCGCGGGGGGGGGCGCGUCGGGGGCGCGUCGGACGCCGCCACACGGGGCCAGGUACGGGCCCGGCAGAGCCAGGUAAGGUUCCUUACACUCGAAGAUGCCACGCUACGGGAAAAUCGUUGUCAUUAAAAGGAAUGGGACUGAUGGGAUUGUUUUUCCACUCACCUCAACUUCUUGUUUAUUUGGAAGGAAAACAGAAUGUGACAUCCGCAUGCGACUGCCCUGGGUGUCCAACGAGCACUGCAAAAUCGAGAUCAAUGAGAACAAGGAGGCAGUCCUGACUAAUUUAAGUGAAGUGAACCCCACGCAGCUGAACGGGGCUUGCUUUGAGCAGCCCAUUCCCCUGAAGCAUGGAGAUGUGUUAACCAUUAUUGAUCGCUCUUUCAGGUUUGAAUAUCCUCUGCAAUCAACUCCGAAGAAGAGGCAUUCCAGGUCUCCAAAAGAUGAAACUCUGCAGGUUCUUCAUGUUCAGCAGGUGGCAGAAGUGGAAUUAUUACACAAACAAACUUCAGGAGCUAAAAGUCUUGGUGCUUCAGAUAAUGCUGAGUGUGAAGAAAAAAGUGCCAAUGAAAAUAAACAAACUCCAGAGGAAAAUCUUCCUGAUGCUUUUGCUGUCAAACUCCAACCACCCAAAUCUUCCCAGAGAAUACAUUGUGUUUUUAAAAAGCAAAAUGAAAAGUCUCCCUUUAGUAAACUCUAUGAAAAUCUGAAAAAUGAGCUGCAAGUGGAAAAAGCUCUGCACAGGGGAACUGCUUCUCAGCAAGCUGCAAAAGGAGACCCUGGGAGUGUUCUGCCAGAACCAAGUGCUCCUAUUCCAUCCCUGAGCUGUCUUUUUGAUCUGGGCAGCCUGGCUAAAGGAAAGGAAACGGGCAGGAUGGAAAAUAUGGAAGAAUGUAUAAUUGUGAGAUGUGAAGAGAGAAACAGCCCAGGGUUUAACCAGCUGUCAGCUGGAGGGAGAACCCCCAGGAAAAGUUCUACCAGGAGUCCUCGAACUCCCAUUUCAAAGGAGGCGUCGGGAGACACCAGUCAGAAUCCAUUGCAGGAUCCUAAGAAGUUAAGGACACCAGGCAGAUCCAAAGGUACUGCAGUUACACCCAAACCCAGCAAGGAGAACCACAGGAAUUCCCAGGUUUUGCUGGAGCAGUGCUCCAUAGAAAGGAUGGAUUGUCCAGCUAAGGCAAUGAUGUGCAGCCCCACAACCCCCACCUCCCGUGUUGCUGAGGAAGGGAAAUGUGCACUGAACACACCAAGGCCCAGGAGGAAGAGUCCUCGGUCUCUUUUCGUGUCACCUCCCACAGAAACUGCUGGAAUGAAUUCUGGAAAUCCUGAUACUCCAAAGACCCCACGGCGUGCAUCACUGAAACGGAAAUCACUUCCAGAAAUCCCAGCUGGAGCUCCAAGGGAAGAUUCAGUGUGCAGAAUUGAUAACACACAACCACCUUUGCCAGAAGACAAUUGCUUAAAGCAAAGACGAAACAGCAAACAGCAAACACCACGAAAAACUGCCCAGGAAGUGCUGAAAGAGGUCUGGGAUCAGGCAAACCUGGAUAACUCGAAGGUGGGACAUUGUGAAACCCCUCCUUCUCUCUCUAAUUCCAAGAGUCCCAGAAGAAACAGCAGGGAAAGUAAAGAAUUCUUGGACAAAAGUGCCCAUUCAGAGGCACUGGCUUCAGAGGGGAUGUUGGCAUCUCCUGCUGCUCAGACACCUGGAAGGAAAAGGGGAAGGCGGAGGAGCUCUGGAGUUGUGACUGGAGCAGCACUGGAGACAAACACUGCUCAGGAACAUCACAGUUCAGAAACUCCAGCAGAGCUGGCCGUGGACAGGUGUCACCAGAACCAGGAUUUGGAAGAUGCCAGUGCUGCAGGACCUCCGACACCAUCAGCCAAGAGAAGAUCUAGAAGUACUGCUGAGCUGAGAGACACUGAGCCUGGCUCAGAAAGCGAAACUUUUGGCCUCUUGAAUGGAGAAGACUCAGGCAAGACAAAAAGAAUCUCCCAGAAGAGGAAAAGUGGUGAAACUGUCCCUCAGACUUUGGGUAAAAGAAAGAGAGUGUCUUUUGGUGGUCAUCUGAGUCCAGAACUCUUUGAUCAAAGUUUGCCUCCCAACUCUCCCCUGAAAAGAGGAGCUCUCCCUGCCAGGCGGAGUUUACCCUACGGAAACUCUCUGAGGGCUGCGCUCAAGAAGGCUCAGGGUUUGAAGCACUUGAUAGAUCAGGAAUCAGAAAGAUCACCCAAAAAUUCCCCAGCCCAGCAGUCCCCAGGUGCCUCAUCCCCUGCCUCAGCGAAGGCAACACCCAAAAUCCCUUCAGGCUCUCCAGCCCCUUUCAGGAAAGGGCGUUUCUCCAUCUCCCAGCCCCCCACACCAUUCCCAAUUGCAGAGGAAAUGGAUGCUGGCACAGAAGACAUGGAUCCAGAGGGGAAAAAUACCCAAGGGAAAACACCAAAAUCUUCUCCUGCUACCCAAGAUGCCAAAGCCUUGGUGACAGUGGCACCUGCCAAGUCAGCCAGAAGUGCCCAGCUGGGUUUGAAGGGCAGUGCCAUCAAGAGCAGAGGUGGGGCUGUGGCUGUCAUCAGUGCCAAGAGGAGAAGUGGUGCCUCCAAUGCCAAUUUAUUAGUUGCAAAAUCUUGGGCAGAAGUGGUAAAAUUGGGAGUUGCAAGACCCCAAUCAAAGACUGCUAAAAAAAGUGUCCGUAAAGGAAGAGUCCUGAAGAGGAGGAACCCCCCAGCAAAGACUUCAGAGAAGAAAAUAAAAGAUCACUUUAGCACAGGUCAUGCAGAGUCACCUGCUACCAUAGUUGUGGGUAGAGCUUAUUCCACCAAAGUCAGGUCAGCUGGACAUGUCCCUAAAGUGGUAAAAAAUCCCAGGAUGAAGCUUAACAUGGAUAUGGAUGAAAGCUUCACAGGAGUGCCUGAAAUGUUCCAAACUCCAGAAAAUCAGGGAGAAAGAACAUUUCCUUUGGCUGAUGCUCAGAAUGCUGAUUUUACACCACCAUGGGCUGCAGGGGACAUUUCUGACUUGCACACUCCUGAGGGUUCUGGAGAGAUGAUGGUGUCACCAUUAAAUAAUUCAGAUGGUUCAGAGCAGAAGCAAGGCAGCUCAGGUAUGCUCUGCUUUCUGAGAGAGGAGUCAUCUCCAUCUAUGUUUGAUGAAAUAGCCACAAAAACUCCAGAAAAAAGAGAAGUUCUGCAUGAAGAUAAUGUGGAUAAUUUGGCAAUAAUUCCAGAAAAAACAGCAUCUCUGGUGAAAUCAGGAAGUAAAAGGAGGACUCCAAAGCAGAAGUUGGAGACAGUUGAAGUCAUGUCAAGCAAAAGGAAGAUUUUAAGGACCCCUGAGCAAAGGACAGAACCAGGAGAGGUUUUCUCAGGUAUCAAGAGGCUCAUGAAGACCCCAAAGCAGAAAUUGGAGCCUGUGGAGGUUUUGUCAGGCAUCAAACAGCUCAUGAAGACCCCAAAGCGGAAAUUGGAGCCUGUAGAAGUUUUGUCAGGCAUCAAACAGCUCUUGAAUACCCCAAAGCAGAAAUUGGAGCCUACAGAGGUUCUGUCAGGCAUUAAGCAGCUCAUGAAGACUCCAAAUCAAAAAUUGGAGCCUGUAGAAGUUUUGUCAGGUAUCAAACAGCUCUUGAAUACCCCAAAGCAGAAGCUGAAGCCUACAGAGGUUCUGUCUGGCAUCCAACAGCUCUUGAAGACCCCAGAUCAGAAAUUGGAGCCUGUAGAAGUUUUGUCAGGCAUCAAACAGCUCAUGAAGACCCCACGGCGGAAGCCAGAACCAGUGGAACCAAUCCUGGAUGAAAUUGCCUUGAAAAGGUUGCUGGACACUCCAGCAGAGAGCAGGGAAGCAGUAAAAGCUGUGCCAGGUGUGACUUCAGCCAAGAAAACCCCAAAGCUGAAAUCCCAACCUGUGGAAGACAUGGUCGGGAUCAGCCGCAUUUUCCAGACACCAAAGGAGAAGGUUGAGCCCAUAGGAGACAUGUUUGGAAUCAGCAGAUUAAUGAAGUCUCCUAGAGAGAAAUAUCAACCAGUUGAGGAUUUUGUGGGACUGCAAAGGCUUAUGGCAGAACCCAGGCAGAAACCACCUGAUUCUGACGUGGACUAUGCUGGAGUGACUGAAAUGUUUGGGACCCCAGAGGAAAUGAAGGUCAGAUCAGUAAAUAUUAUGGAUUCUCAGGAAGAAAUUGCACCUCCUGGUUCUAAUUCCAGUCAUAAAUAUGAAAAGGAAGGAGAAGUUUCCCAAGGUGAAGAUUCUCAAGAGAAGAACUCAGCUGGUGAAGAGCAGCCUACCCAGAGAGCCAGAAGGGGCAGGCCAAGGAAGGCUGUACCUCCUGCUGCAGCAAAACCAAGUGAAAAUGGUGUGAGUUUAAAGGAGUUGGAGAGUCCUGAUACCCAAGAGGAGAUGGGAGUGAUCACACAUGAAAACAAAAGCAGAGGAAGGAGGGCAAAGCGUUGCAUACAAGAAGUUGUUCCAAAGUGCCCUGAUCAGGAAGGGCUUGACAUUGUUUCAUCUGUGGAACCACCUGGUGCUGCUCAGAAGUCAGGAAGAGGUAAAAGGCAAAAGCUGAAGGAGUUAAAACAUCCAAAUGAAAGUCUUGAGUUUUGUGUUGAAGAUUCUUCACUGCUACAAAAAGCACCUGCAAAUAGCAAACAGAGUUUGCAGGACUGUGGCACCAAUGAAACUGAAGAUGAUCCAGGCAUAAAGACAGGACCUGGAAACAUUCAGAAUGAAAUUUGUCAGCUGCAAACAGGUUUAAAUCAUCCUGACAGCAAAGCUAAUGACAGUGGGAUAGAGGACAGUGAAGAAGAGCUCCUGUCACUGAGGAGGAGGCACAGAGGGGUGGAGAACACAGAGCCAGUGAUUCCAGCAAAAAGAGGGAGACGAGCAAGGAAUGACCAAGGAAAAGCAGCUUCUCCAGGAGACCUUUGUGGAACAACCAGAAAUCUUCGUAAAGACCCAUCCCCAAAUGUUACACAAAGACAGGAACAGGAUUGUGACAGAGCUCCUGAGGCUGUCACAGCACAAGAAUCUGAAAAUGGCACUAAACUUGAGCUGAAGGCAACAAAGAGAAGAGUUAAGUCUUUCAGAAGUACUAGAAACAGAAAGCAGUCAGCUGAAAUAAAAGCAGACACUCGUGGGGUCGCACUUGAAAAUACACAACACGUUCAAAAAACUGAGGAAACAUCAACUGAAACUGAUGCUGAAACACAAUCCCACGUGAAAAAUGAGAUGAAAGGAUCUCAGGGAUGUGAAACAGAAAAUGCUCAGGAAAAUACAACAGAGGCAGCUCAGAGAUUACAGGCAGAGUCACCUUCUGCAGAGACAAACAAAAUGCCAGUCAGUGCUCAGAACAUGGAAACAACCAGGGCUAGAAACAGGAGAGGCAAAAAAGACUCUCUGGAGCAAAAAGCUGAUGAGUUUACUGAAAAUGUGAGCAGCCUAAAACAAAUUACUCCCAAAUUUAAGUCAGAAACAGAAGUGGAUGAAUCUUCUCCCCAGGAUUCCUGGGGCUCUGUUUGUGCCAGUGCAGCCCAAGGCAAGGAGGAGCAGCCCAGCCCAGGUGCCACAUCCGUCCCUGCUGCAGACAGUGCCAGUCCUGCUCAGGGCAGUCACAGGAAGACGAGAAAUGAGUGGGGAGUACUUAAAGCAAAGCAAACUGAAAUCCUGCAGAGGAAUCCAGCACAAAGAAAUGCAGUCAUGUGUAGAAGAGGAAGAGGUAAAAAAGUCAAUUUUCAGCUUGAGGAAGGCAGUUCCAAAGUGACUGAAGGAAAAGGUUUACCUGAGGGUGAUGAAGGGAUGGCUGACAAAGAUAAUCAACGUGAGAAUUCCGAAAAUCCUCCUUCACGGGGAAGGAGGGGCAGGAGAAAACAACUUGAUUCCAUCCCACAAAAAGCUAGUCCUGCCUUUAUGGAAAAACAAACAUUAAGUGCAGAUCACAGGGAAGAUGAGGCUGUUGUGCAAGAGCAAGAAUCAGUUUUGGAAGCUGCUCCCACUUCAGCAGAGGACAAUCCACCGAGACGGGGGAGGAGGCGUCAGGUGGCUGCAGCAUCACAGACCAGAUCUCCUUCUGUCAGAACGAGACGUGGGGUGCUGGAAGGUGAUGCUAAAAAGACAGCAGAGAGAGAAGAUGAAAAUCCAGCUCUGGGUAAUAAAACUUUACAGGCAAAAGUGAAUUCAUCAGCGAGGGACAGAAGGAAAAAGAUGGAUCCGGCAGCAGAGGGAAGUUUAUCUCCUCUCCAGAGAAAGUGUGGCUUGUCAGAGGCUAAAGAUGAGGGUACUCAUGAAGAACAAAGUGUGCCUGUGGCAGAGGUGUCCUGUGCAAAGGAGGAGCCACCAGGGAGGGGCAGAAGGAAAGAAACUGCUGUGGCAUCACACACAACCAAUCCCAUCUCUCUCAGAGGGAAACGCGGGCUGCCGGCAGGUGAUGGAGCAGAGGCUCCCAAAGAAGAGCAGAAUGUUCCCUUAGAAAUGUGUGAUCCAUCCAGGAAGGAAACUCAACUGAGAAGAGGCAGGAGGAAGGAAAUUACCCCCUUGAUAGAAGCCCAAAGUUCUCUUCAGGGAAACCAGGUCCUGUCAAAACGAGGUGGUAGAAAAAGUAACGACAGGGAAGAUAAACAGAGCAGGGACAAUUCUUCCCAAGAAAAUACUGAUUUUGUAAAAGGCAGCUCAAGGCAAGCAACCACUUCACUGGCUCUUAGUCCCACCUCCCUUCAAGGCUUGCCAGAAGAUGGUAAAGAUGGAAUUCCUGAACAACAAAGUCAACUUUUGGAAGUAGCUCCACCUGCAAAAGAAAAUCCAUCAAGAGUGGGCAGGAAGAAAACAACUUCUUCCGCUUCUGAAGAAACAAUUUCCACUUCUCUCAGGGGAAAACCCAACCUGCCCAGAGGCAGAGGUCAGAAGAGGAUUCUUAAAGGAGGUGAAGAUGCAUCUCCAGAAAAUAAUCCGUGCCAGGGAAGAACAAGGCAGUUGAGGAAUAAUAGGAGGAAGGUGGAAUUUCUAUUAGAGGCAGCUGCUUCUACCUCUCCCCAUAAAAGCAGUGACUUGCCAGAAAAUGGCAACACUCUGGAAACUCAGGAUUUGAGUGGAGCAUCCACUGGUUCUGAAGAGAAUCAGUCUGGAAAAGGCCAGGAGGGUGACCCUGCUCCACAGGCAGCCCCCACCUCUCGCAGAAGGAAAUGCCAGGUACCAGCAGAGGAUGUGGCACCCAAAAAACCAAAAUCAGGGAAUGAUGAAAAUGGGUCUCUACAAAGAGGAAGAAGAAACAAAACUAAAGUUGGAGAAGAGGAUGCAAGGGCAGCUCAGACCACUGGAGGGAUGGAGAGGAGGACAAGAUCCAGCACAAGAACAAGGAAACAGCCUUAAGAGUCCCAGAACCAAUUCUUAAAUCAAUUCAAUAAUUCCAAUUACAGCUCGUUUUUAAUGUGAAUUGAUUUGCACUCAGAUUUUAAGCUCAGAUUUUUGAUAAUUCUAUGGUUGCUUUGCAAAAUGUAUUUCUUAAUGUAUUUACAGAUAGAAGGUAGGUAUUUCUUCAGUAGCUUUGCCAACGUGUGGUGGUUCCUAAACCAUGGGGUGCUUGUGCAAAGCUGUAAACAUAAAAUACAAUUUGUUAAACCAGUGUUCCUCCCCUUUUUCCUGUUGAUCAGUAAAACAAUCAGGAAGCCAUGUUACUUCCAGCUCAAGCUAUUUUCUGCUGAAAUUUUCCUAUGCUGAAGUUUUUAUUUUUUAUCUGAGUUUUGUAAAUAUUCUUUUUAAAAGAUACUAGUUGUAUUAGCAGAAAUAUUAUGAUAAACUUGUGAUAAUUUUUUUUUAAAAAAAAUGAAGCUUGUAUUACAAAAUGCAGGUUUUGAAGUCAUUAAACUUGUAAACAAUU